AUGCAGCUCAAACCCCUCCUCGCUCUAUUCCUCACCACCUCCCUCCCGGUCCUCACAGCAGCCCAGCCCCUCUCCGGAGAGACCAACCUUGCCAACCCCGAGCAAGCCAUGCAAGACACGUCGGUCUUUUCAACUGACUUGGAAAGACGCGCCGUCCCCGCAGAGCUCACCUCACUCCCACCGGGUGCCAUGGAGAAACGUCAGCUUGAUGGUGAAAUUAUAGGUCCUCUCAUCAAACUCUUGACGAAAGUGCUGAAAGGGUUGGUACAAGGUGGUGGUGGUGGUCUUGAGGUGGAGCCGGAGGAGGUGCGGGUGAUGUUGGAUGAAUUGAAGAAAUUGAGGGAUGAUUCGCACAAGGAUACCAUGGCUUCUUCCUAA